AUGCGCGAUUGGCGCGCUGGUUUUCAGGCACGCGACAAAACAACCUGGAAGAGGGGCAAGCGGCAGCUCGCACCUCGCAGGCGACUCGAGUCGGACCCUGCGCGCCGGACGACUGCUGGAAUUGAGAGCCUUGUCUGGAUGAGAUUCGUGGCCGCCGCCAGCGCCAUUCGACCCUUUCCGCCGUCGCCCAGCCCCCAAGCUCUCCGUCGUGCCGCUGCCAACAUCAGCAUCAGCAGCCGUAAAUUUGUUGGAUACAGUUCCUUUCGUUUCUGUUCUGGUUCCUCCUCUCUACCCCGAUCACGGGCCCCAACCAUGGUUACCCCCAUCACGGUGCACAACUCUCUCAAGCCCGGCGCACCCGUGCCGUUUGUCCCUCGCGAGGAGGGCAAGGUGUCAUGGUACGCCUGCGGUCCGACCACUUACGACCUGAGCCAUCUCGGCCAUGCUCGCAACUAUGUCUCGACCGACAUCAUCCGCCGCAUCUUGAUGUACCACUUUGGUUACCAGGUCAAGUUUGUGAUGAACUACACCGAUAUUGACGAUAAGAUCAUCAUCAAAGCCCGGAGGAAGCGCCUGCUUGAGCUCGAGAAGGAGAAGCCCUAUACCCCGGAACAAGUCCGCGAGCUGGUCUUCAAGGCCUUCCAGGCCUAUGCCAAGAGCAAUCUGCCUCUUUUGGCUGGCGCCGAGCCUCUGGACGAGAACAAUUACAUUGAGCGGCGCGAUGCUGCCUACGGUCGCGUGCUGGCCGGCGGCACGCUCUCGGGCGAAGGCAAGCCGAGCGACGCCGAGGCCAAAGUGAAGAUGCACAUCAGCGCCAUGGAUGCUGCUGCGCAGGCCCUUCGUGACGGCACCGGCUUCGAUGGCGCGGAGGAGGUUCUUCUCCCCUACCUUGACAGCCUUUACAAGGACACUUUCGACACAAGCGACCAGUCCAUCUUCACGAACCUGACACAGGCCAUGGAGAAGGCGUUCAAUGACGACAUGACGGCACUGAACGUCCUGCCUCCCGAUGCAGUCACCCGCGUGACCGAGUAUGUGCCACAGAUUAUCAACUUUGUGCAGCGCAUCAUCGACAAGGGCUUCGCCUAUGAGGCUAACGGAUCUGUCUACUUCGACAUUGCCGCCUUCGAGAAGGCUGGCAACACGUAUGCGCGCCUCAGGCCUGAGAGCAAGAACGACAAGGCCCUGCAGGAGGAGGGUGAGGGCUCGUUGAGCAAGGGUCUUGAGGGCAAGAAGCGUUCGGGUGAUUUUGCGCUGUGGAAGAAGUCCAAGCCGGGUGAGCCCUGGUGGCCGAGUCCUUGGGGCCCUGGUCGUCCCGGCUGGCACAUUGAAUGCUCGGUCAUGGCGUCUGACAAGCUCGGUGAGCAGAUGGACAUCCACUCGGGAGGUAUCGAUCUUGCCUUCCCUCACCACGACAACGAGCUGGCUCAGAGCGAGGCCUACUUUUACGAGGCUGGGAAGGGCGAGCAUACUUGGGUCAAUUACUUUCUGCACAUGGGGCAUCUGUCCAUUGCCGGCAGCAAAAUGUCCAAGAGCUUAAAGAACUUUCAGACGAUCCAGGAUGCUUUGGCGACGACGUACACAGCGCGAAACAUGCGCAUUGUCUUCCUGAUGGGUCGCUGGAACGACGGUGUUGAGAUAUCCUCCGACAUGCGCAAGCAGGCCGAUGCUUGGGAGAGUACCAUUGACAACUUCUUCACCAACAUCAAAGCCAAGAUCGCUGCCGAGGAACUUGCCGAGGGUGUCAAAGACAUCUCCCUCGAAGACGGUCCCGGGAAAGCUCUUCUCGAUGAGCUUGAGCAGGCUAAGACCGACCUUGACCUCGCCCUGCGCAACUCCUUCGAUACCCCAACCGCCAUGCAGGUCAUCCUGCGCCUGGUGCGCUCUGCCAACAUCUACAUGAACGACAAGACCAUCGAGCCCAGCUUGCGCGUGCUUGAAGCUGUUGCCCGCUGGGUGACCAAAAUUGUGGGUAUCUUUGGUCUGGAUGCCCAGGCGCAGCCGCCGUAUGAUGGGUUGGGCUGGUCGUCAGCCACAAGCGGACCUGCAGCGAACGUGGACCCUAAGACGGCUGUUAAGCCGUACAAGGAAGUUUAUGAAAGAGUUAGUGGGGAGAUUAAGGCCCUUGGGCUCGACGCUCCUGCCAUCCAGGUCCUCUUGGACGAGCAAACCCCCGAUGCUGAGUUCUCCAACCUCGAGACAUCUGGCGAAAAGGACAUGGAGAAGCUUGCUCUUCCGUACAUUCGCGCGACGUCCCGGUUGCGUGACGAGCUGCGCUCGAUUGUGGGCACGCUCGAGUCAGAGAAGAAGAAGGCGGUGCUUGCGCUCAGUGACCGCAUCCGCGACUAUGACUUGACUGAUCUUGGUGUCCAGCUGGAUGAUCAGGUCGACAAACCGAGUCUGAUCAAGUUUGUGCCGGCGGCCAAGUUAAUUGCUGCCAGGGAGGAGAAGAUUGCCGCUGCGGCGGAGAAGGCCAGGCAGAAGGAGGAGGCCCGCAAAGCCCGUGAAAAGGCCGAAGAAGAGAAGUGGGCCAAGGCUAAGGUCCCGCCUCAAGAGAUGUUUAAGAGCGAUCCUAAGUAUGCCGAGUUUGAUGCUGAUGGGCUGCCGACGAAGCUGGCGGAUGGUGGCGAAGUGCCCAAGAGCCAAGUCAAGAAGCUCAAGAAGGAGUGGGAGCGGCAGAAGAAGCUUCAUGAGGAGUGGUUGAGUAAGUUUGGUGGGCAGUGA